AUGUCCUCGUCCUCUUGCUCGAUUGAUGGCAGCAAUUCCAGCAGCAUCAAUUCCGGAAAUACCACGACCAACACUCAACUUACCAUCAUCCCCCAUUUCCUCGAUAACCCCACUUAUAACCUUGACCGGUUUCUUGGCCGCAUCGAGCAGAUACCGAUCGACCAACAGCAACGGCCCCCGCCCGGCCUUGGACAGGAACAAGAUGGAGCUAAGACCGAAUUUGAAGCCGAAACUAAAGCAAAAGAGCGCAUUCUAAUGCAGCUUCAAGAAUUUGAUGACAAGUUUGGUCAUAGCAGUGCGCUUUCUCGUGGCUAA